CUGUCUCAUGAUUAUAGGAUUAAGAAGCUUAACUAGGAUUUCGGGGAAGACUAAAUUUUGAAGUAAACCACCACCUAGUUUCCGAACAUGUUGGAAAAUGGAAGGGCCGAAAAGCAACCAAAUCUGCGAAAUGGCUGAUAAUUUGGAUGAGUUUAUUGAAGAACAAAAAGCCAAAUUGGCGAAAGAUAAAGCAGAAUUGGAAAAUGAUCCACCUUACAUGGAAAUAAAGGGAAAGGCAUCAGAGAAGCUUUCUGAAAACAGUAAAAUAUUAAUCUCCAUGGCUAAGGAAAACAUACCACCAAACAGUCAACAGACCAGGGGUUCGUUAGGAAUUGAUUAUGGAUUAAGUUUACCACUUGGGGAAGACUAUGAGCAGAAGAAACAUAAACUAAAAGAAGAAUUGCGGCAAGAUUACAGACGCUAUCUUACUCAGGAAAGGUUGAAACUUGAACGCAGCAAAGAAUACAAUCAGUUUCUCAGGGGUAAGGAAGAAUCCAGUGAAAAAUUCAGACAGGUAGAAAAGAUUACUGAGCCCAAGAGUCAAAGAAAUAAAAAACCUGUUAAAGUUCAGCCUGAUUUACCUUCACAAAUACAGACAUCUUGCAAAUAUCCAGAGGAUCCUAGGAGAGAUGUCUUAACUCCUUCAGAGGCGUAUGAGGAGCUUCUAAACCAAAGACGACUAGAGGAGGACAGAUAUCGACAAUUAGAUGAUGAAAUUGAAUUAAGGAAUAGAAGAAUUAUUAAAAAAACCAAUGAAGAAGUGGGCAUUUCCAAUACAAAACGUCAAAGGUUUGCCGGGAAGGCUGGCAUUCCAGAUAGAAGAUUUCGCAGGAUUUAUGAGGAUCGUGUUCUUGAUAGACAGUAUUAUAGACCAGACCGAGAUCCUGAAGUAAGUGAAGAAAUGGAUGAGAGGUUUAGAUAUGAAAGUGAUUUUGAUAGAAGACCUUUGAGAGUGUAUACAAAUGACAGGAUGCAUGGGAACAGACGAGGGAAUGUGCCUCCUGUGGAGUAUGAUGGUGAGGUCACAGAACAGUCAAACAUACGAAUUUCAUCUGCUGGAAACAAGAGUGCUCGAGACAAUAAACUGUCCAAAUCUGCUAAUCAAGAUAACUGUAGUCCUUUUGCAGGAAUGCUUUUUGGAGGUGAAGAUCGAGAAUUUAUUCAGAGAAGGAAAGAAAAAUAUAGACUAGAACUAUUGGAACAAAUGGCUGAGCAACAGAAGAAUAAGAGACGAGAAAAAGAUUUAGAACUCAGAGUCGCAGCUUCUGGAGCACAAGACCCUGAGAAAUCGUGGAAUGAAUUACUCACAUCAUUGCAGUUAAGUAAGGAGGAGCCUGAUAGGCUAAAGCAGUUCGGUGUGGCACCAAGACACUUUGAAGAGAUGAUACCACCUGAAAGACCCAGAGUAGCUUUCCAGACACCUCUCCCUCCUUUAUCUACCCCAUCUGCCCCAACCAUCCCAUCAGUUCACUCCCUUCCUUCUCAAAAUGAAGAUUUGCACAAUGGACUUAACAGCACCCUUGGUGAAAUGGUGCCUCCCAGGAUUGCACCCCUGCCUCCACCUCCCCUACUACCACCUUUGGCUACCAACUAUCGAACUCCUUAUGAUGAUGCUUACUAUUUUUAUGGUUCCAGGAAUACUUUGGAUCCCAGUCUUGCCUAUUAUGGUUCAGGAAUGAUGGGAAUACAGCCUACAACUUAUGUUAGUGCUCCUGUCACCAACCAGCUAGCACAACCUAUUGUGAAUACGGUUGGACAGAAUGAACUGAAAAUUACAAGUGAUCAAGUGAUAAAUUCAGGAUUGUUUUUUGAAGAUAAACCAAAACCUUCAAAACAAUCUCUUCAGUCUUACCAAGAAGCUUUGCAGCAGCAGAUUCGGGAAAGAGAAGAAAGAAGGAAGAGAGAACGUGAAGAAAAAGAAGAAUAUGAAGCUAAAUUAGAAGCUGAAAUGAGAAGUUAUAACCCCUGGGGGAAAGGUGGAGGUGGUGCUCCUCUCAGGGAUGCCAAAGGAAAUCUGAUAACUGAUUUGAAUAGGAUGCACAGACAAAAUAUAGAUGCCUACCAUAACCCAGAUGCAAGAACUCAUGAAGAUAAAAGGGCCGUUGUAUCUCUAGACCAAAAUUUAGCAACUUCAAAUGCUGAGAACCUAGAAGAUUCUGCAAAUAAAAACUCAGGUCAUAUUCAAACACAGAGCUCUCCUUUUGCUCGGGGAAAUAUAUUUGGUGAGCCUCCAACUGAACUUCAAAUUAAACAGCAAGAAUUAUACAAGAAUUUUCUUCGUUUCCAGAUUGAGGAAAAGAAACAAAGAGAAGAAGCAGAGCGAGAAAGACUAAGAAUUGCAGAAGAAAAAGAAGAAAGACGGCUUGCAGAACAGAGGGCACGAAUUCAGCAAGAGUAUGAAGAAGAACAGGAAAAAAAAAGGGAGAAAGAGGAGGAGCAAAGGCUAAAAAAUGAAGAGCUUAUUCGGUUAGCUGAAGAAAGACGAAAAGAAGCAGAAAGAAAGAAGAAAGAAGAAGAAGAAAAACAUAACCUGCAACUUCAGCACUACUAUGAAAGAGAAAAUAUCAUUGGGGAAGAAACAAAGCACUUGAGACAGCCUUCUCCUAUAGUUCCUGCUCUUCAGAACAAAAUUGCGAGCAGACUCCAAAGACCUCCUUCAGUUGACAGCAUCAUAAGUUCCUUUAUUCGUGAAAGUUCCAUGUCAAGGGCACAAUCUCCUCCAGUACCUGCCAGGAAAAAUCAGCUCCGUGCAGAAGAGGAGAAAAAAAAUGUGAUUAUGGAAUUAUCAGAAAUGAGAAAACAGCUUCGUAGUGAGGAGAGGCGUCUACAAGGGCGGUUGCUACAUGUGGACAGUGAUGAUGAAAUUCAUAUAAGGAAAAGAGAAAAGAAUCCCAUGGAUAUAUUUGACAUGGCUAGACAUCGAUUGCAAGCUCCUGUCAGAAGACAGUCACCUAAGGGUUUAGACACUACCACUUUUCAGAAUAUCCAUGAUUUUAAUGAGCUGAAAGAUAGAGAUUCAGAAACACGCGUUGAUCUGAAAUAUAUGUACCCAGAUCCUCCAAGAGAUCAUCAGACUUUAGAGAUUCAGCAGCAAGCCCUGUUAAGAGAGCAGCAGAAGAGGCUGAACAGAAUAAAAAUACAGGAAGGUGCUGAAGUUGAUGCCAUCCCAAGUGCUAAAGUACAAGAGCAAAGAAUGCCCAGAGAUGAUACUAAUGAUGUCUUGAAAAAUUCAUUAUUGGAAUCUGAUAGUGCAUUUAUUGGUGCUUAUGGUGAGACAUAUCCAGACAUCGAAGAUGACGUCCUCCCUCCACCAUCACAGCUGCCCUCCGCGAGGGAGCGCAGGAGGAACAAAUCGAAAGGACUGGACUUUGAUAACAACCAUCCUAACGUACCAUUGGAUGGUCUCUCUUUAAAAUCUGUGUCCAGUGUAAAUGUUGAUCAGCUUAGAAUGAGAAAUGAGGAAAGAAUGCGAAGACUGAAUGAACUUCAGAAUAAACCUAUUAAUACAGAUGACGAGAGUUCCCUGGUCGAUCCUGAUGACAUCAUGAAACCUGUGGGUGAUGAUGAUGGAUCAAACUCUGUAGCAACUGAGCCCUGGCUACGCCCCGGCACCUCAGAAACACUGAAGCACUUCAUGGCAGAGCAGCUGCACCAGGAGCAGCAGCAGGUCCCCGGAAAACCAGGCACUUUCCCUUGGCAGGGCCUGUCUACAGCACAUGGUUAAAAUAAAUCUGUAUCGGACCUGGUAGUGCUUUUAAAGGUAAGCAGAAUGUUAAAUCUGUACCUUUAAUAACAUGUACUACUUUUGGCUUCUAUCUGGAAAUUACUUAUUGUUCCAUCUGUAUAUAAACUAUUUUUUCCAUGAUGUAUAUUAUGUACAUAAAAGUCCAUGAUUAUUGAUUUUAUAUAUUAGAAUUGUAUAGAAUUAUUUUUGCACAAUUUUGCCACAAAUUAGGGUGAUAAUAAACUCUUGGAUUCAACUACCAUAUGUGCAUUAUUUUAAAUUCUACUGAAGGUGAAUAAAACGUAAAUGUCUUAAGAGUACUGUAAAAUCAGAAUACCCUUUGUUAUGUGCAUAUUUGCCGCUGUUAUCUGUAUUCAAAAUAAUUCAUUUCAUAAAUGCAUCUGUUGUAGCUGUGACUAUUCCAGUUGCUAUGUAAAGAAGAGAAUCAAAUGUGCUAUUUUCAUGUCAUUUGUAGCUACUGACUCAGUAGAAAUGAUGGGAGCCGAAACUGAUUUUACUCCUGUGAGCCAUGCACUAAAUGUUACAACUUUCUGCCUCUUUUUAUUUUUGUGCCAAUGAAAGCAUUGUCUUAAGUUACUAAUUUAUAUGAUUUAACUACUUCUUGAUAGAAAUAAAUUUUUAUUUUUAUUACCAA